AUGGCAAAAGAAGAAAAAGAGGUUAGACUGUGGCAUCAAAAACUGGGUCAUCGACAUCUGAGAGGGAUGAAAAAGAUCAUAAACAAGGAAGUUGUGAGAGGAAUACAAAAACUACAGAUUGUUGAAGGCAAAGUGUGCGGAGAAUGUCAGGCUGGCAAGCAAACCAGGACUCCUCAUCCAAAGAUCAUUCAACUCACUACCUCUAAAACCUUGGAACUGCUGCAUAUGGAUCUAAUGGGACCAAUGAGCUCUGCACUAGACUGCAAAGAGAAAAGGAGAGAGCUGUUAUCAGAAUCAGGAGCGAUCAUGGAAAGGAAUUUGAGAAUGCCAAAUUUGCAUAAUUCUGUUCAACUGAAGAAAUCAGUCGAAUUUUCCUCUCCUAUUACACCUCAACAAAACGGAGUAGUAGAAAGGAAAAACAGGACUAUACAAGAAUCAGCUAGAGCGAUGAUUCAUGCUAAGAAGCUACCUAUGUAUUUUUGGGUUGGGGCUAUGAACACAACCUGCUAUGUCCAUAACCGAGUAACAUUGAGAAAAGGAACCUCCUCUACUCUCUAUGAACUCUGGAGAGGUAAGAAACCAAGUGUCAAAGUAUUCAACACCAGAACACAAGUGUUGAUGGAAUCCAUCAAUGUGAUCGUUGAUGAUCAACAUGGAGAAUUCGAUGUCAUAGAGAAUAUCGAAACAUUCCUUGAAAUUCAGGCUGAGCAGACAAACCAACCUGAAAUAUAUGUGGAUGACAUAGUGUUUGGGGGAAUGUCUGAUACAAUGGUAAAACACUUUGUCAGUCAAAUGCAGACUGAAUUUGAAAUGAGUAUGGUUGGAGAAUUGACUUAUUUCCUUGGACUUCAAAUUAAGAAAAUGGAAGACUCCACCUUCUUGUCUCAAAGCGAAUAUGCCAAGAACAUAGUGAAAAAUUUUGGAAUGGAUAAUGCAAGUCACAAAAGAACUCCUGCACCAACACAUCAAAAGCUAUCCAAAGAUGAAGGGGGCAUAAGUGUUGACCAGAGUUUGUAUAGGAGCAUGAUUGGAAGCUUGCUAUAUCUAACAGCCAGCAGACCAGAUAUUGCAUUUGCAGUUGGAGUAUGUGCCAGAUAUCAAGCAAAGCCAAAGAAUGUCAUGACUUUAUAUUGUGACAAUCUCAGUGCUAUUAACAUCUCCAAAAAUCUAAUUCAGCAUAGCAGAACGAAACAUAUUGAUAUCCGACAUCACUUUAUUAGAGAACUCGUCGAAGACAAGGUAAACACGAGAAUGAUCCCCAAAGCAAUUACUUUUUCAUUAUUAAUACUGGUGAUUCUAUCAGACACAACUUACUCCAAACAACAAAUGCCUCGAAAAAUUAUCCACUCUGCAAAAUAUGUGUCUGAAAAGUUUGAAGUGGGACCCGGAGAAGUUGUGAAUACAAAUUUGUUUGAUAUUGAGUUUCCAAAAGGGCAUAUUGGAGUCAAAAGCUUUGAUGUUGAUUUAAUUGAUGAACAAGGGAAUUCUGUACCCUUGUAUGAAACAUACUUCCAUCAUUGGUUUGCUGUAAAAUAUAUUAUAACUAAGGGGAAGAAUAUGUUAGAUGAUCCUAAUCAUGGGGGUCCCAAUUUCAAAAGAAAUGAUGGAACAUGCAACGACGGUAUUCUUCCACUUUAUUGGGGUUUAGGAAGUGAAUCGCGAGGAACAGUUUCAAAUCUACCACAUCCUUUUGCACUUGAACUGGGUAACCCUGCAAAUAUUACAGAAGGAUGGGAAGAGAAAUGGUUAUUCAGUAUCAUGGUUAUUGAUACACGUGGUACAAAAGAUAGGAAAAGUUGCACUGAAUGUAGGUGUGAACAAUUUAAUCUUCCAGAGAAUUUUUAUAAUGUGACACGUGACAUCCAUGGAAAACCAUUGUCCCCUGAGUAUAAAGGUGGAGUCUUUUGUUGCCAAAAUGGAUUUCAUUGCAAAUUGGAAGAGGGGUUUCAAGCACCAAGGAGAAAGCUUGCAUUAAGAUACAAAAUAACGUGGGUGGACUGGGACCAAGAUCAUAUUCCUGUUAGAUUUUAUGUACUUGAUUCUACCGAUCGAGUCAGAACAAAUGGGUCUAAAACAAUCCAUGAUUGUCUGGCAGAGUAUACUAUUCUAGGAAACAAUAAUAGUAACCCUAUUCAUGUUCAGAAAGCAAGUAUCCCUAUAGAAAAAGGUGGUUAUCUUAUAUACAGCACUGCUCAUAUGCAUUCAGGAGUUGUUAAUGCAUCACUAUACGGACAGGAUGGAAGAAUAUUGUGCACAUCAACACCAAGAUACGGUACUGGGACGAAAGCAGGAAAUGAGAAAGGUUAUGUUAUUCAAAUGUCAGUAUGUUAUCCUAAAGAAGGUUCACUCAAGAUUAAGGAUGGUGAAAUUGUGACUGUAGAAUCUAGGUAUAAAAAUGAGUUUAUCACGGGAGCUAUGGGACAUAUGUACUUCUAUUUGGCUGAUCGAUUACCAUACACAACAUAG